AUGGGUAUCGAAUAUGCUGGAAUCGAGGUUUUCUCUCCAGUGAGUCAUACACUCUUCAAUCAUGCUGAUAUUAUAGAGAAAGUAAGCAAAAAACCACCAUUGACUUAUCAAUCCUUUUUAAACCUUGCUGGGGAACCCUCGUGGGCAUCUUCCCCACUUUCGGUUGAACUUUCGUCGAUUCCUCCUGUCAGGGAUGUUGGAAGGUGUGAUAUUUUACAAGUUCCAACAGUUAAGGAACUUGGGUAUGUGGAAGAGGAUCAUGAUGAAUUCACACCCUUUAAAGGUGGUGAGUCAGAAGCAUUGAGGAGGUUGAGAGAAACACUAUGUGACAAGGAAUGGGUAGCCAAUUUCGAGAAACCUAAGGGUGACCCUUCUGCAUAUAUAAAGCCAGCAACAACUGUUCUAUCACCUUAUUUGAAAUUUGGAUGCCUCUCUUCCAGGUAUUUUUACCAGUGCCUUCAAGAUGUCUACAAAAAUGUUAAGAGACAUUCAUCACCACCGGUUUCUCUUGUUGGGCAGUUGCUAUGGCGUGAUUUUUUCUAUACCGUCGCAUUUGGAACUCCUAAUUUUGACAAAAUGAAGGGUAACAAAAUAUGCAAGCAGAUUCCAUGGAAUGAUGAUGACGAACUCCUAGCUGCUUGGAGGGAAGCUAGAACAGGUUUCCCUUGGAUUGAUGCUAUAAUGGUCCAGUUGCGGAAGUGGGGUUGGAUGCACCAUCUUGCACGUCACUCUGUUGCGUGUUUCCUUACUCGUGGAGAUCUAUUUGUUCAUUGGGAAAAAGGACGUGUUGUCUUCGAGAGACUUCUAAUUGAUUCAGAUUGGGCAAUUAACAAUGGUAAUUGGCUCUGGCUAUCGUGUUCAUCGUUCUUUUACCAGUAUAACCGCAUAUAUUCACCGAUAUCGUUUGGAAGGAAAUAUGAUCCGAGUGGCAAUUAUAUUAGGCAUUUUCUCCCCAUACUAAAAGACAUGCCGAAGGAGUACAUAUAUGAGCCAUGGACAGCUCCACUUAGCGUGCAAACUAAAGCAAGUUGA